UUUUCUACGCUCCACGUUCUACCAAACCCAAUCAAUAAUCAUGGGAUUGUGCCAAGCCCUUGGAAACAUUUCUCGCCUCCUAAUUGUUGGUGCAACAACCAUUGCGCUUGCCUUGUCAAUUCUAACUGCAAUGUCUUGCGAGCUCGUCAAAGUUGAUGAUGAAGCAAGUGGAUCCACCUGGGGAUUCUUCUUUCAAGACAGUAUUACUAAUGGGGGGACCUGCCAAGACACGGUCUUCAGUACCGAAGAUGAGAUGAUUUUGGCAGGAAGAACAUGCUUGAUCGUAUCCAUUUGUGCUGGAUUCAUUGCCGGAGUCAUGGUCACUUUUGAAUGGCUGUGCUGUGAGAUUUGCUGUGCUCGAGUUUUGGAGGGCAUUGCCUUCUUCCUAGCAUGGGCUUUUGGUGGAAUUUCCUUCCUCUUUUAUGGGUCAGAUCUCUGUACUGUGGAUGACAAGGAGUGCUCCUUCAACGAUGCCUCUGGGUUUAUGACAGCUGCAGUCAUUCUGUAUUUUGGAUGUAGCAUUGUCCUAUGCUUGGCUCCUGAGCCAGACCCAAUCUGCCGCCGCAGCAGCAAGGAUUAGGAUGCGCUCUUAGGCUGCACUCUUACGGACUGUUUCCACAGAAGUUCCUUGGUGGAUGGGGGAACUCCAGGUCAUUGACCAGCCAGCUAUGCAUUAAGCAAAAUAAAGAUCAAU